UUUUAUAAUAUAAAUUUGACCAUGAUUUUAGGAAAUGGUUACAAAUAUGGAUGGAGAGGCCUCUCCAGAUACAAUCCGACCUAUUUAGUCGCAAUGAAGAGGACAGUCACACCUGUUUGUGGAGUUGCCACUCCUUCAGUUAGAUCUCUGAUGGUGAAUAACACUCUCUCGGUUAAAGGAAAUUUAGAUGUGUACAGGUUGCACUCCACUCCAAUGGCCAUGCUUAAUAAAAGACAGAGAUUAAAAAUUGCUCUUAAACAACAAAGAAAAGAAAAACUCAUGAGAAUGAGAGGAGAGACUGUGAAAGGACCGAAUACAAAUUCAGAAGAAGAAGAACACCCACCUGCUGAAGAGGUGCUUGAAAAGAUUGAAACUGAGAUGAAAACCCACAUUGAUGAAAGUAUUGAUAUCAUCAUCAAAUUGGGCAUUGAUCCUACCAAGAGUCAGCAACAAGUCAGGGGAACCAUUGUUUUACCAGCUGGAAGUGGAAGAGACAGAAAAAUAGCCAUCUUCACAACUGAUCAACAUUCUGAAUUAGCUAAGGAAUCAGGAGCAGAUAUGUUUCCUACUUUGGAAGAAAUCAGCCAAAUUACAGCUGAUAAUAUUGAGUUUGAAACCCUCUUGGCCACAAAGGAUGCUAUAAAGUUCCUUAAGCCACUUGGAAGGACUAUUGGUCCUCUUGGUUUAAUGCCAAACCUAAAAUCUGGAACUUUAGUAGACCCUGAAGAACUUGUGAGCACCGUUAAAGUUCUCAAAGCCGGUAAAAUUGAGGUUAGAAAUGACCACCAAGCAAUAAUUCAUGCUUGAAUUGGAAAGAGGAGGUUUACAAGAGAUCAAUUAAUGGAAAAUCUUGAGUCAGUCAUAAAAAGAUUGAAAGAGCUCAAGCCAGAAAAUGUUAGAGCAAAGAGGUACAUACAAUGGUGAAAAUUUUCAAGAAGUAGAGGACCCGCCCAUGAUGCCAACAUUGUCCCAAUGUUUAACUUUGAUGAGUACGAGUUCUAGUUCUGAAUAUUAAUUCUGUAUGGGUCUAUG